AUCCACCCCCAUCACUCCCGCCAUCCUCGCUACGAUACCCACCCUCCUCUCCUCUCCGUCGCCAUGGCUUCCAGGAGGCUCGCUUUCACCCUACAACAGAGCCUGCGCAACCGCCAGGCUCUGCGGUCCAUCCAGCCGCUGACUAGAGGUCUGGCAACGCCUGUCACCUACGGCUCCAAAACCGAGUCGACGACCCUGAGCAACGGCUUCACGAUUGCUACCGAGCACUCCCCCUGGGCCCAGACUUCGACGGUUGGUGUAUGGAUUGAUGCCGGAAGCCGCGCGGAGACAGACAAGACCAAUGGCACUGCCCACUUCUUGGAACAUCUUGCAUUCAAGGGUACCCAGAAGCGCACCCAGCAGCAACUGGAGCUCGAGAUUGAAAAUAUGGGUGGCCAUCUUAACGCCUACACGUCGCGCGAAAACACAGUAUACUACGCCAAGUCCUUCAACUCCGACGUCCCGGCCACCGUCGACAUCCUCUCCGAUAUCCUUCAACACUCCAAGCUCGAGCCACAAGCCAUUGAACGUGAACGCGAUGUGAUUCUCCGAGAACAGGAAGAGGUGGACAAGCAGCUAGAAGAGGUUGUUUUCGACCACCUUCACGCCACCGCAUUCCAGGGCCAGCCUCUGGGCCGAACAAUUUUGGGGCCCAAGGAGAACAUCCAGAGCAUCCAGAGGGCCGAUCUGGAGGGCUACAUCAAGACCAACUACACCGCUGACCGCAUGGUUCUCGUUGGCUCUGGUGGCGUUCCCCAUGCUCAACUUGUUGAGCUUGCCGAGAAGCACUUCGCCGGACUACCAUCAGAACCAACAGGGCAAUCUUCCGUCAUUGCCGCCGCACAGAAGGUCAAGCCGUCGUUCAUCGGCUCUGAAGUGAGGAUUAGGGACGACACCAUGCCGACCGCGAACAUUGCCAUUGCUGUCGAGGGUGUGAGCUGGAAGGACGGCGACUACUUCACCGCAUUGGUGACACAGGCAAUUGUGGGCAACUGGGAUCGUGCAAUGGGUAGCUCGCCAUACCUUGGGAGCAAGCUCAGCACAUUCGUGCACGCCAAUGGCCUCGCCAACAGCUUCAUGAGCUUCUCCACGAGCUACAGCGACACUGGUCUAUGGGGAAUCUACCUCGUAACCGACAACGUCACCCGCAUCGACGAUCUUGUCCACUUCACGCUCCGCGAAUGGUCCCGCCUCUCCGUUAGCGUCUCCGAAGCGGAAGUCGAGCGCGCCAAGGCCCAGCUCAAGGCAUCGAUACUGCUCUCCCUGGAUGGCACCACCGCCGUCGCUGAAGACAUAGGCCGCCAGAUCAUCACCACCGGCCGCCGCCUGAGCCCCGAGGAAGUCGAGCGCGUAGUCGGCGCCAUCACGGCAAAGGACGUCAUCGACUUUGCGAACCGGAAGCUGUGGGACCGUGACAUUGCUAUCAGUGCUGUCGGCCAGAUCGAGGGCCUGCUGGAUUACAACCGCGUCCGAAACGACAUGAGCCGGAUGGCGUCGUAAACGGACUGUAAAAUGGUUGGUUGCUUGGGUUGUAAGGUUGCUAGAGGGGCCUCUGCGCGGAUGUAUUAGUGUACACUUAGCCGAAGAGAUUUCAUUGAUGUACAGUGUCAAUCCAUCCUAGAAUUGGUUUAACCUUGCUUUGAGUUGUGAGAAAUCUGCAGGCCUCGAAGAAGUGUGCGUUCAUAGGGUUUGAUUACUAUU